CCCCUGUGCUUAGAGAGACAAUUUAAGAGAGAGAAAGAAAAGGGCUAGAGAGAGAAGGGGGGAGAGAGAGAGAGAGGACAGAGAAAGCGAGGGGGCGGGGCAGCCGUUCGAAAAAAUGGGCACCAACAACCAUGUAGAGCCGAAGAGGAGGAAGAAGAAGGGCCGCCCUUCUCUCCUCGACCUCCAGAAACGUAGCCUCCGACUCCAACACCAACAAGAACAGAAGAAAAACCCUAACCCUAACCCCAAUCCCAACCCCUACCUCCGAUUCCCCGCCUCCUCCUACUCCUCACCCGGCCGCCGCGCCACCCGCCGGAACCUGAGUCCCGACCCCGGCGCCGACGCCAACGCAGCCCCAGACGACGACGAGGAUGACGACGAUUCCACCGGAAGGAGGAAAGAGAAGAAGCUCCGUUUCGUCCUUCGCAUCCCCGCCCACGGCGCCAAUUCCGCCUCCGAUUCCGACGGUGCCGCCGCCGGCGCAAGGAAGCGCAAGAUCGAUGCCUUGGUCGCCGAUCGGGAUGAGCUAGAAAGGCGGAAUUCUGCCUCGAAAGCGACGGAUCCUUCCCAAGAUUCCGGGCCCACGACUCCUUUGCCGGACAAAAAGUUGUUGGUUUUCAUCCUGGAUAGGCUGCAGAAGAAGGAUAGCUAUGGUGUUUUUUCGGAGCCUGUGGAUCCAAAUGAGCUUCCGGAUUACCAUGAUAUCAUUGAGCAUCCAAUGGAUUUUGGAACCAUCCGGAAGAAGCUUUCAAGUGGAGCAUAUGCGAACUUGGAACAGUUUGAGAAAGAUGUUUUCUUAAUUAGCUCAAAUGCAAUGCGAUACAAUGCACGAGAUACAAUUUAUUAUCGACAGGCACGAUCCAUCCAAGAGCUUGCAACAAAGAACUUUGAGAAUCUUAGACAAGAAAGUGAUGAUAAUGAGCCAGAACCAAAGCCUGUGCGGAGAGGCAGGCCGCCAAGCAAGAAAACUGUCAAACAAUCAGUCGGCAGGCCUCCUUCUGAUCGUGUUGGUUCUGAUUUCUCCCCUGGUGCAACACUUGCCAGUGCUGGAGAUAAUGGUCACUUCUCGAACUUGGCCAAUGAUUUGUCGAGAAGAGGGUCGGCGGUGGAUAAGCCUAGGAUUGCAGAUUUACCUGGAGGAGCGUAUCAUCUUCGCAAUGCCGAUACUCAUAGUUGGAUCAGUGGGCAUAGAACAGAGAGAAAUGAAGAUUUUUCAGGUUCUGGGAUGAAGAAUGUUUCAACGAAAUAUGGAAAGAAACUUUCUGCUAUAGAUGAAAAUCGUCGCAAUACAUAUAAGCAACCCCAGCUGUCAACCUCUGUGUAUGAGCCAGCAGUCUUAACUGCAUUGGACGGGGAGAGGAAGCAGCUGGUGCCAGUGGGUCUUCAUAUGGAGCAUGCAUAUGCACGGAGCUUGGCUCGAUUUGCUGCAAACCUUGGCCCCAUUGGUUGGGAAAUUGCUGCCAAACAGAUUCAACGAGCGCUUCCUCGUGGGAUGAGGUUUGGCCCUGGAUGGGUUGGCGAAAGCGAAGUGCCACAUCAAUCUCGGCCACUACUUUCUACAUCUCUGCUUUCUGCAUUCCAACCAAAGAUUACAUCGCCCACCAUGACAGUAUCAACAGCUGAACCUUCCAAUAACUUGACUGCUGAGGGAAGCCAGGUUAUCACGAGUGUUCCACUACCGGCUUUGACAUGUGCUGUGCCAAGCAGACCCACCAACUCCACAGAUCGCUCAGAGCCUGCAGCAGUGGUUAACUAUGGAAGCCUAGGGAAUAGUGGUGGUGUUAUUCAGCCCAAGACUCUUCAUCAGAAUGCAGCAAUUCAACCUAAUGUGAAUGGUUUCAAUACCUCUUUGGUGUUUAAUCUGCCUUCUCAUGCUGGAAAAGUGCUUAGACCAUCCAGGCCACCUGGGAGCUCUUGUCCAACAGAGGUAAUGAAUACCUAUGCUGGAGCUUUCGGUGCAGUUUCUAGAAGCAACAACAGUCACAUCAACCAGGCACCUUUGAACCAAUCAAAUGCGGACAAGAUGGUGGUGCGUAAUCCAAGUUCAUCGUCAAAUUCUGGCAGUCACUUCCUGGGUUCUGGCCACAGUUCUCAAGGGCCAUGGCGGGGCUUGUCGAAUGCGAAGCCUGGUUCUGUCUCCCCUGAUCUAAACGUUGGGUUCCAGUCAACGGGGUCACCAGUGCCAGGUGUUUUGGUAGAUUCCCAGCAUCCUGAUUUAGCAUUACAGCUAUGAUGGUGUAACUUAAUCCAUCCCCUGUUUGGCGUGGACGGAGAGAUAAGUCUUGAAUUUGCUAGGUGAUGUCGAAGUGGAUGGAGAGUGAUACAGGGGAUGGAUGGUGAAUUUUUUUUAACAAUUAUUCAUACCAGCAUUGUGUUGUAGAAGUUCUGAGGGCGCAUUUGUACAGAUUAAUUAAAAUUAAAAUUAAUUCUCCAGAUGAAACUGUUUCAUAGUUGUAUUGAAUCCAGGGUUUAAGAAUACAGAUUCUGCUUUCAUAUCCA